AUGAUCCAACUCAGACCCACUCUAGAGGCUCUUCAGACCAUCGUGGCCGACAACCGAGCCGCCGCCACCAAGGAGACUCUUCCCGACAACCUCUAUCCCGUUUUCGCCUAUGUGGAUGCUGAGGCCCUGACUCCUCAUACUGCCUACCUCAAGUUGGCUCGUCUGGAUGACCCCAACCGAAGUCCCUCGUUCCUGUUCGAGUCUGCCCUCGGUGGUAAGCAUCUGUCCCGAUACUCUUUCAUUGGAUCUAAUCCCCGGAAGAUGAUCAAGACUGGUGCUCCCCAUGGACCUGACGUUGAUCCGCUCAACCUGCUGGAGUCUGAACUCGACCAGUACCGACAGUUCCAGACCCCCGGCGUCCCCACUCUUUGUGGAGGAGCCAUCGGAUACAUUUCGUACGACUGCAUCAAGUACUUCGAGCCCCGAACCAAGCGAGAUCUCAAGGACGUCCUGGAGGUCCCCGAAAGUGCCCUCAUGCUCUACGACACCAUUGUGGCCUUUGACCACGUCUACCAGCGACUCCAGGUUAUCACCAAUGUCAAGGUUGAGGCCGACACCGAUCUCACCAAGGCCUACGAGGACGCCAAGAAGGAGGUGCAGCGAAUCGCAGACCUGCUGACUUCCCCUGAGGUUCCCCAGCCCCCCCAGGGACCCGUGACCCUUGGAAAGACUUUCACUUCCAACAUUGGCCAGAAGGGUUACGAACAGCACGUGACCACUCUUAAGGAGCGAAUCAAGAAGGGAGACAUCAUCCAGGCCGUGCCCUCACAGCGAGUAGCUCGGCCCACCGACCUGCAUCCCUUCAACGUCUACAGACACCUGCGAACCGUCAACCCCUCUCCCUACCUGUUCUACAUUGACUAUCUUGAUUUCCAGCUUGUUGGUGCUUCUCCUGAGCUGCUCGUCAAGAUUGAGAACGGCCGAAUUGUGUCUCAUCCCAUUGCUGGAACGGUUAAGCGGGGAGCUACUCCUGCCGAGGAUAACCAGCUGGCUCAGGAGCUUCUCAACUCUGAGAAGGACCGAGCUGAGCACGUCAUGCUGGUCGAUUUGGCCCGAAACGAUGUCAACCGAGUAUGUGAUCCUCGAUCCACUUCCGUCGAUCGGCUUUUGGGUGUCGAAACCUUCUCGCACGUCCAGCAUCUCGUUUCCCAGGUGUCUGGUGUUCUGCGACCCGACCAGACCCGAUUCGACGCCUUCCGAUCCAUUUUCCCUGCCGGAACCGUUUCUGGUGCCCCCAAGGUCAAGGCCAUGGAGCUGGUUGGAGAGCUUGAGAAGGAAAAGCGAGGUGUCUACGCCGGUGCCGUUGGAUCUUUCGGCUACAACGGAGAGGCCAUGGACACUUGCAUUGCUCUUCGAACUAUGCUUCUCAAGGACGGUGUUGCGUACCUGCAGGCCGGAGGAGGCAUUGUCUUCGAUUCUGACGAGUACGACGAAUAUGUCGAGACUAUCAACAAGAUGAUGGCAAACAACCGGUGUAUUGUCGAGGCCGAGGAGAUCUGGGCUGGACAGCAGAAGGGUGAGUAG